AGGUGCAAAUUGAUUAAAUUAUAAUAAAAAGCUAAAAAUAAAAUGUCAUCAAAGUAAUGAUAUUUAACAAAGUAACAGCUUUAAUUUUAUAACAAGAAUAUUUUAUAAAUACCAAUAUAAAUUAAUAAAUAAAAAAUAAACAUUUCGUACUAAAGUUAGAAUAAAAUUGAAGCAAAAAUACAAUCUAAAAAAUAUAUUGUCUGUGUCAGUGAACAAAAAAAAAAAAAAGUCUAAUAAUAAUAUAAAUAUUAGAGAAAAAAAAAAGCUAUUUUAUUUUGUCAUAAUUGUAUUUGAAAUUAACGACAAUUAUGAUUGGAAAAAACGAGCAAACAAAUGUCAAAAAUGUUGAUAAUUCACGUGUUAAAAUAAUAACAGAUAAAAGAAAAAUUCUUGAAGAUAAUUCAACAAAGGUACGUAAUGAGAUAAAAAAUUGUUUUGAAGAAUUAAUAAAAUCAUUAAAAACACGAGAAAAACAAUUACUUCGUCAACUUGAAGCUGUUCAUACUCAGCAAUUGUCAAUUGUCCAAUCGAACUCAGAACUAUUACCAUCAGUACCUUCAGUAAAUGUUAAUCUUGAUGAUUGGCAAACACUUGAUGAUACAAUAAUGAAAUUUGGAAAAUUAGAAUUACCAAAUCAAGAUGGAAUUGUUGUUAAAAAUACUGAACCAUAUAAAGUUGAAGAAUAUGAAGAUGCCAAUAAGGAUCAUGUUAGUUUUGAUAAAUCAAUUAAAAUUGAUGAUGACAAUAAUAUUAUCAUCAAUAUUCCAUCACCAAGUAUAGGAAAAAAAAUUAAUUUAUAUAAAAAUAAUAACAUGGAAUUACCAAGUUGCUCAAAUAAUGAUAAUUUAAAUGUUAGUUCAGAGACUGAAAUACAUUUACAAUUAAAUACUGAAUCUAAUAAUAUCAUUGGAGUUUUUGGUGAUCAUGAUUAUUUACCAUUGUGUUCAUCAAACGAUUCUCAAGUUGCAAAUAAUAUUAAUAAUUUAUCUACAUCAAGUGUCAAUGGAUUAUCUACUCAAACGAAAAAUUCAACAACAAAUAUUCAACAAAAUAAUGAAAAUUCUAUUCAACAAGAUGCUGAUAAUGAUCAUGAUGUUGAUUUAAAAAAAAUUAAUGUUAAUGAUGACUGUAAGAAGCAGGAUAAUGAUGAACAUCCAAAACAAAUUCAACAGUGGCUUGAACAAAUUUUAGUUGAGACGGAAACUGAACCAGCUAUUCAUGAGAUUCAACAAUUUGCUGAUAUAUCAAAAUCUCGAUACAAAGAAUUUGAAUUUCCACUUAAAAUAUAAAUUUAAUUUUUUUUUAAAUAAUAAUCAAAGUCCCUAUUGUUUAACACAAGUUUUUCCUUUUUGUUUAAAAAUUUUUUUUUUUUUUCUAGUACUUAAAUUAUUUAUUUAUCGCCAAAUAACUUAUUAAUUUUUUUGUUUUUUACAUUUCAAUACUGAGGCCAAAAUUUUUUACGUUAGUAAAUAAACCAAAAAGUCUGAUUAUUCAAUUUUUUUUUUCUUAUUCAAAAAUAAAAUUAUAAAAACUUGAUGAACUUGAUAGAAAAAAAAAAAAAAAAAAUUUCUUAUUCUAAUCGUUGAUCGUAUUAAGAAUGAUUUAAAUAAAAAAAUUAAUUUGUCAACUGAUUCCGUCUUAAAACAAAUUCAAUUGCCAGAUAAAAAUGUGAUUAUAUACUUAUCUAUUAAAAAAUUGAAUAAAAAAGAAAAAACAAUUGUCAUUUUGUGCCGAUAAUUUAUGACUAGUUGUAAGGUGAUUAAUUAAAUAAUAAUGUAGACAUUAAAUAGAUUUUCAUAAACAGUUUAAAUUGUGUCAAGAUGAAUACAUUUUAUGGAUUUAUAUUUAACUAAAUAAUUAAUUAUAAUUUGUUUUAUUAUUGAAUAUAACACGACUUAAUAUUGUCAUAACUGAAAUGUUUGGUUUUUUUUUUUUUUAACAAUGUGUGAUUACUUUUUUGUUUGUUUAUUCAUUUCAUCAAUAAUUAAUCUUUGUGACAUUUUACUAAAUUAUUUAAUUAACAUCUAAGAUUAAUGCAUAUUUCUUUGGAACAAGUUUUAAAUAUGUUUCACAAAAUUUGUACUUACAACAUAAUAUUAAACGUAUUCUAAAUUGUUUAAUAAACAAAAAAAAAAAAAAGAAAAUUCAUAAAUCCUA